GGAAAAAAGCGGCGAGGGGCGCAUGCGCGGAAGGGAAGUGGUCGGUCUCGGGCCUGGUGAUUCAGUCUUUCCUCUUCCCCAGUCCGGGAUCCGUUAGGGGGCAGGCAGGGCUGAGGCACCAUCAGGAUGUCCCAGAAGCAUCGAAAGAAUGACCCCGGGCCUUCCCAGGCAGAUGCCAGGGACGAGGAUUUUGUGCUGACCCCCAGCCAAAUGGCCAGCCAGGUGCAGAGGAAUCUGGAGAGACGGUCGCAAGGGCAGGUGGAUCAGAAGGUGAGCGAGCUGGUGCAAUUCCUGUUGGUGAAAGACCAGAAGAAAAUCCCCAUCAAGCGGGCUGACAUCCUGAAGAAGGUGAUUGGUGACUACCGGGAUGUCUAUCCAGAGAUCGUCAAUCGUGCAGGCUGGACCCUCCAGAAGGUUUUUGGGCUGGAGCUGAAGGAGAUGGAUACCAAGCCCCACAUGUACAUACUGGUCAGCACCCUCCCUCGCCUGCCUGGGGACAGCUUCAAGCAGGAUAACCGCACAGCCAAGCUGGGCCUCCUCACCAUCAUCCUCAGCUUCAUUUUUAUGAAGGGCAACUCUGUCAAAGAAGUGGCAGUGUGGGAGAUGCUCCGGAGGCUACGCGUGGCUUGUGGGGAGAGCCAUGAGGUUUUCGGGGAUGUGAAGAAGUUGGUGACCGAGGAGUUUGUGCGGCAGAAGUACCUGGAGUACCUUCCUAUCCCCCAUACGGAUCCCACCGAGUUCAAGUUGCAGUGGGGGGGGCGAGCCACCAAGGAGACCUCCAAGAGGCACAUCCUCCAGUUUGUUGCCAAGAUCCAGAACAAAGACCCUCAAUUCUGGACCAGCCAGUUCAACGAGGCUGAAAAGGAGGCUGCUAGUGCCCCUGCUCCCAGGCCUUAGCCCCACCUGCAAUGGGCAGGGGGCCAGAGCUUGCUUCUGGGGGCAAACCUUGUGUUUGGGGGUGGGGAAUUCUUCUAAGGAAACCUGUGCCAGGUUUGGGGAAAUGUGAAAUGUCAGCUUCCACGAUGGCCAUCAGAAGUUUACCCACUGGUUAUCCUGGCUGUCAGUUACUGAUGUAUACAAAGUGUAAAUAAAGAUGUUAUUUUUUGCCUUU